CAAGUAUCGUAGGCCCUUGGGGUGAGGCAAGAGGCAGGAUGACUGAUACACGGAGAAGGGUGAAGGUGUACACUCUGAAUGAAGAUCGGCAGUGGGAUGAUCGUGGCACUGGACACGUGUCCUCUGGCUAUGUGGAAAGGCUGAAGGGCAUGUCCCUGCUUGUCAGGGCAGAGAGUGAUGGUUCUCUUCUUCUGGAAUCCAAAAUCAAUCCUAAUACUGCAUACCAGAAGCAACAGGACACGUUGAUUGUGUGGUCUGAGGCAGAGAACUAUGACCUUGCACUUAGCUUUCAAGAAAAAGCUGGAUGUGAUGAAAUAUGGGAAAAAAUAUGCCAGGUUCAAGGAAAAGACCCUUCAGUGGACAUUACACAGGACUUGGUGGAUGAGUCUGAAGAGGAGCGCUUUGAUGAUAUGUCAUCACCAGGUCUAGAAUUGCCGUCUUGUGAAUUAAGCCGAUUAGAGGAAAUUGCUGAACUUGUAGCAUCUUCACUGCCUUCCCCAUUACGUCGCGAAAAACUUGCUCUAGCACUGGAAAAUGAGGGCUACAUUAAAAAGCUCUUAGAAAUUUUUCACGUGUGUGAGGACUUGGAAAACAUUGAAGGACUGCACCAUUUGUAUGAAAUUAUUAAGGGAAUCUUCCUGUUGAAUAGAACUGCACUUUUUGAAGUCAUGUUUUCUGAGGAAUGUAUAAUGGAUGUAAUUGGAUGCUUGGAAUAUGAUCCGUCUUUAUCACUGUCGCGGAAACACAGGGAGUUUCUAACAAAAACUGCAAAAUUUAAAGAAGUUAUUCCAAUAUCAGAUCCAGAGCUAAAACAAAAAAUACAUCAAACAUAUAGAGUACAGUAUAUUCAAGAUAUGGUUCUACCGACGCCUUCGGUAUUUGAGGAAAACAUGUUAUCAACGCUUCACUCGUUCAUCUUUUUUAAUAAAGUAGAAAUAGUUGGUAUGUUACAGGAAGAUGAAAAAUUUUUGACGGAGCUGUUUGCACAACUUACAGAUGAAGCCACAGACGAGGAGAAAAGGCAAGAAUUGGUAAACUUUCUUAAAGAGUUUUGUGCAUUUUCUCAAACAUUACAACCUCAAAACAGAGAUGCUUUUUUCAAAACAUUGUCUAACAUGGGCAUUCUUCCAGCACUUGAAGUCAUCCUAGGAAUGGAUGAUGCACAAGUGCGAAGCGCAGCUACUGAUAUCUUCUCCUAUUUGGUUGAAUACAACCCAUCUAUGGUACGAGAAUUUGUCAUGCAAGAAGCUCAGCAGAAUGAUGAUGAUAUCUUACUCAUUAACCUCAUCAUAGAACACAUGAUUUGUGAUACAGAUCCUGAAUUGGGAGGAGCAGUCCAGCUGAUGGGUUUACUACGUACCUUAGUGGAUCCAGAAAAUAUGCUAGCAACUGCCAAUAAAACAGAAAAAACGGAAUUCUUGGGUUUCUUUUACAAGCAUUGUAUGCAUGUCCUCACAGCACCUUUAUUGGCCAAUACCACAGAGGAAAAACCUAGCAAAGAUGACUUUCAGACAGCCCAGCUGUUGGCCUUGAUAUUAGAGCUAUUAACUUUCUGUGUGGAACAUCAUACAUAUCAUAUAAAGAACUACAUCAUUAACAAGGAUAUCCUGCGAAGAGUGCUAGUUUUAAUGGCUUCACAACAUGCUUUCUUGGCAUUAUGUGCUCUGCGUUUUAAAAGAAAGAUAAUUGGGUUGAAGGAUGAAUUCUACAACCGCUAUAUUAUGAAAAGUUUUUUAUUUGAACCGGUGGUCAAAGCAUUUCUCAACAAUGGAUCCCGCUAUAAUCUGAUGAACUCUGCUAUUAUAGAAAUGUUUGAAUUCAUUAGAGUGGAAGACAUAAAAUCCUUAACAGCUCAUGUAAUUGAGAAUUACUGGAAAGCACUAGAAGAUGUAGAUUAUGUGCAGACAUUCAAAGGUUUGAAAUUGCGUUAUGAACAACAAAGGGAAAGACAAGAUAAUCCCAAACUUGACAGCAUGCGUUCCAUCUUGAGGAACCAUAGGUAUCGGAGAGAUGCUAGGACCUUGGAGGAUGAAGAAGAGAUGUGGUUUAAUACUGAUGAAGAUGAUCUGGAAGAUGGAGAGGCAGUGGUCCUGCCCUCUGACAAAAGUAAAAAUGAUGAAGAUAUUAUGGAUCCUAUAAGUAAAUUUAUGGAAAGAAAAAAAUUUAAAGAAAGUGAAGAAAAGGAGGUCCUUCUGAAAACGAACCUUUCCGGUCGCCAGAGCCCAAGUUUUAAACUUUCCUUCUCUAGUGGUACAAAGGCUAACCUUACCAGCCAGUCAUCUGCAACUAAUUUGCCCGGGUCUCCUGGGUCACCAGGAUCUCCUGGGUCACCGGGAUCUCCUGGAUCAGUUUCCAAAAGCACAUCUCAGAUGGCAGCUAUAACUACCAAGGAUGUUCCAUAUUGUCUCUGAAGUACGUCAGAUCGCUCAUUGCUGCAGUCCAGCCAACUCUCGUAGGGAGGCCUAGUGGGGCUUGUAGAUUAUCCUGAUGAUGAUGAGGAGGAGGAUGAAGACAGUCUACCUUUGUCACAGAAAGCAAAGGUUGAGUCAUCAUAAUGACAGUUCUGAAGAUGAGCAUCCGUUGGGGGGUUAACCUGGUUUCCAGAACAGGAAAAGUCCAUAAUUAAAAACUGCAGCCUUUAGUGAAUUACUGUGUGUGACACAGAUCAGUUUAAAAAUAUGGAUUCCUGCUAAUCAAGUGCCAAUUUGAAGGAGCAGAAGAAGAGGAUAUACUACACUUAAUGGGAAUGACAUGCCUUUGACCUCUCCAGCUUGGACCACGCAUUGCCCUUUUCUCAGGGAAGGAAAUGGAAAAAAAUAUAUAUAUAAAAAGCCAACAGGGCAGGAGUUUAUUAGUGGAAUUCUGGAUUGGCUGGUCAGUCACUACAAUCAGAAUAUGCUUUCUUGGACCAUGUAUGAGACUUGACGAAAAGGCUUUUCUGCCAUAAUUCUUCACUAGCUGAGAAUGCCAGCAGUUUCUUUGUAUAAAAGAGACUUGCCUUUGAAACCGUACAUUCUGAACAUUUUAGUCGAGCUACAACAGGUUUAAAAAAUAAAAGAACUCUGGGGGAGGGCUGACCAUAAGUUUUCUUUUUUUAAAUGUGUUCCCUUUGCCCUUUAAACUGCAGAAUUUUUCUUUGGAGGUCAGGGAUUUGUCUAUCCCUUGAUUAAAAGAUUGAAUGGAAUUCUAGAUGUGGUCACUUUUUGUGUCAUAAUUUUAUUUUUAUUUUGCCCCCUGAGUGUAUGCUUAGUUGUUGAGUAUAUAUUUGGGACCAUUAAAAUUUUUUGAUGUAAUAUAA